AUGAUUCGCCAUCCGCGGACGCGAAAAGAGGUGGCGGACGGUGUCGUGUUCGCCCCUUUCUUCGGAUCCAUGACUUCGAGACCGGCGACGUCGUCAUCUGCAGCGAAAUCUGGUGCACCGCCAGUCGUAAUACCCGCUUCUGGCAACAACAUCAUAAUAAAUCCUCUACAGAGAGGGAACCCUGUGCUCGAAUGCAUCCGAAAUGUAGGCAAGGAGUUUGGAGAUAUCGUCGCGGACUAUCAAGUAGGGAGGACAACUGGAGUCCUAUGGCUGAGCUUGAAGUACCACCGUCUACACCCUGAAUACAUCCAUACCCGCAUCGAGAAACUGGGGAAUUCAUACGGCCUACGUUUGCUGCUUAUCCUGUGCGACGUCACAGAACAUAAAGAACACAUCCGAGAGCUAACUAGAGUAUGUCUGAUCAACAACAUUACAAUCAUCGUCGCGUUCUCGCUUGACGAGGCUGGCCACUAUCUCUCCACUUUCAAACAAUUCGAAUUCAAGUCUCCUGACAUGAUCAAAGAGCGCACAGAGAAGGACCACCACUCUAUCCUGCGUGCUGCGCUCACUUCCAUUAGCAAAGUGAAUAAGACCGACGUCGAGACACUCCGAACUGCCUUUGGUAGUUUCGCAGGGAUCUCGCGAGCAACAUCUGACCAGCUCCAGAACCUUCCGGGUUUUGGACAAGUCAAGGUCAAGAACAUGAAGAAUGCAUUCGAGAAGCCCUUCAGGAACAACGCUACCUCCACGUUAACCUCGUCUCAGUCCCAAGCUCGCGCUCCAGGCCCUUCAAGUCAGCGCGAAACCCAGGGCGCUUCUGCCGCAAGGAACAGUAAUAUGGAAGCUGGGACGUCAUUGGCAACCCAGCGACGACGAGGGAAUAGAUCUCCGAGCCCUGCAUGGGACAUCGAGCUCGACUUGGACCUCCCAGAUGCUAAUGACCCGGCUCCGACCCCACCUCCCGCACCACCUCCCCGGCGCCCCUCUCCAAGCAGAGGGCGGAGUCCCGACCUUCACGCCCGCGACACACCACCUGACGGCGGGGACGAGCUCAUCCUCGAUCUCACAUAA